AUGAUUGACUAUGUUCAAUAUAAACUCCAAAUCCGCUACGAAAACUACGACUCCUACGAGAAAUACGAUCAAGACAUCCAAGACAUACUCGAAACUAAAUACGGCAAACUAGGCGCUACGCAUAUCCAGCAGUGCUAUGUGAGUCCGAGCAUCCGUUUGCUCCUGGUUACUAGCUUCGAGGCACCGGAUGGUAUAUUGAGUGACUUGAAGAGCGUGAAGCUGGGAGAGGGUAUUGCUACUGAUAUUCAGUUGGAGGAAUAUAGGAGGCGUUGA